GGCUUCACAGUGAGAGUAGUAUUUUAGUGAGGAAAAGUAGUAAAACAGCUUUUUGAACACAGUAUUUGAAAAAAUACGUGAUGGCAGCAUGCUUACCUGUUGACUAUGAAAGAAUGUUGCUUGACAUGGAAAACUGCAAGUGAGCCACUUAACUACAGUCAGUAGUGUAUAGGAGACGAAGAACAAUGACUAAACUACCACGCAUUAUUCCCCUAGUGGGGCAUUGUAGUGCAAUGUGCUGAUGUGUAUGCUUUAACAGAGUUUAGGGAGAACAGUAGGAGGAAAAUACUUAGUAAUUUAAGAAUCCUGUAUAGCUGGGAGGGUAUUAUUUAAGAAUUAAUUCCAUUAGUUAGUAACAAUUGAAUCUAUAAUCUAGAAACCAUUUGCCUUCAGGUGAACAAAUGUGUAUACUGCAUCAACAGUGAACAAACAGCAGCUUGAAACUGCCUGUCGUGUGUAGUGAAUCCCUGGCACACUUGAUUUAAAGCCUUUUAAACUUACUUGCAGUGGUAUGUAACAUGGUACAGAAGACUGUUCAAAAUAAUCCUAAAUUGGACCUAUUGCAAAACAGUCUGUGACCAAGAGCCGUUUUUGAUUCUUAGGCUUUGCUUCCAGGUUUCGAUGGGUUGUUUUGGGGUUGUUUUUUUUUUUUUUCUUUUUUGUAAUAUGAUCUCUGUAUAUAAUAAUAAUAUUCAUUACUAUGUCAAUAGUCCCCUGUUCCUCCCACUCACUCUCCACUUCUCUGCAGGGUUGCACACAGUCUGUCAGGUGAAUUAGGGGAGUUCAAGUUCCCUUCAGCAUCAGGCAAAGGUCCAGCUAGUGCUGAGAGUAGAGCACUGGAUGAACUUUAAAGCUGCCAUGGUAUCUGGCAUGAGAUGUUUAGCAGCAUGAGAAGGACACAGGAGGGUUUUACCAUGGGCAUGUAGUGACUUAAAUCUAUUUCCUGUUAAAAUAGAAUGUCCUGUCUAACAAAUUUCCUGUCUAACAACUGAUACUUGUCUGAGCUAGUAGUUGUUUUAUGACAUUCAAAAGAAUUGCUCCAGUGCUUUUAUUUAUGAUUAUUUCAAGCUAGAAGAGCCUCAAAAAUGUCAUCUUCUCAUAUAAAUUUAUCUUUUGUUGUUAAUGAAAAUGGUGUCUCAUUUAAAAUGUGUCUCAGAAAUUUCACUCGCCUAGACAUUUCAUGGUUUUGAAGUAAUGAUAUAACAAUUUCAUCUUCUUUUGGAAGUAAUUGAGCAUUCAGACUGAAAUGUGUGUGUCAAAUUUCAGUCUUAAGGAAAUCCCGACUGGCAAAACUCUUUAAGAGCUGAAAGAAAAUAGCUAUACUUUUGUAAUGGAAAUAUCAAAUCAACCUUAACAGUUCAUGACAUGGAUAUAUUAAUGGUUUUAUAAUUCAUAGGAAAUUAGAGGAAAUAUCUGUGACUACUUUGUAUUGAAAGUUUAACAAAAUGGUUUUCCUUUAUCAAAUAAACAGUUAGUUCAAAGAAUGCAUUCCUUAAAUGAUGACUUAGGAUUCAAGUUGUUAAAUGAAAAUAUAUGGUGUAUACCUUGGAGAUUUAUCUUGUUUGCUCUUUUUCUCUUAGGAAGCCUGACAAAUAGAAAAAUACAACAAAGUGAAGAGAAAAUUUACUUCAUGAGAACUGAGCUCUGCUUUCAUUUACUUUUAAAUUUAUUUGUAUUAGUAGCUGAUUAGUGUCAGAUCAUCUCUGUAGUCUACUGUGGUGAAAUUACUAGGUUAAGCCUGGAAAAAAUGAAACAGUUAAAAAGAAAAAGAAAAAGCAAUUUUAGUGUUCAGGAAACUCAAACUCUCCUUAAGGAAAUCAGAAAAAGGAGAGAAGUACUCUUUUCAAAGCAACUUAAUACAACGAUUAAUGAGAUGAAACGGAAAGCUUGGGAGGAAAUAGCAGAGUGUGUCAAUGCUGUAGGUGAAGGAGAGCAGAGAACAGGGACAGAGGUGAAAAGGCGAUACCUUGACUGGAGAGCACUCAUGAAGAGAAAACGUCUGAAUGCAAACAUCAAAGUAGUAGGUGCUGGCUUUCACCUUCCUUCAUCCAAUUUAGAUGACUCUCUCAAUGAAGACAUGGAUGAGAAAAUGGGAUUUGCAAUUGAAUCUAGUUUUGAAUGGCAAAAUAUCACUGACUUCAGAGAAGCUGCUGGUGGAUCUUUAACAGAAAUCAAAGUAGAAGAGGAAGAGGAGGAUCCGCAGAAUUUUGAAUUUCCUAUUGAGGAAGAAGAAGAAAUACUGUCAUCAGUUCUGCCAGAUUCGAAAAAGGAAAAUGACCUACCAGACUUCCCCCAUAUUGAAGAGUUUGGAAAUCUGAGCUCUGCUCAAGCUAGGCUGGCCUAUGAAGAUUCUCACUUGCUUAUAAGUCUGGAGAAGCAAAAGGUGGAGCUGGAGAAACAGCGACUGGACAUCGAAGCCGAAAGGUUGCAAGUGGAGAAGGAGCGCCUGCAGAUUGAGAAGGAGCGGUUGCGGCACGUUGAUUUGGAGCGUGAGAGGCUUCAGAUUGAGAAGGAGCGACUUCAGAUUGAGUGGGAGAAACUCAGGCUAGAGACUCUGCAUGCUGAAAAACCUGCCCUGGAAAAUGAUCUCACCCAAACUGAAAAACCCAUCAUGCAGCCUCUGGAUCUAGAAACUGAAAAGUUAAAACUUGAAAAGGAACGUUUGCAAUUAGAGAAAGAGAGGCUGCAGUUCCUAAAGUUUGAGUCAGAAAAGCUGCAGAUUGAGAAGGAACGCUUGCAAGUGGAGAAGGAGCGCCUUCGAAUUCAGAGAGAGGGUCACUUGCAGUGAACGUCUCAGCUAAGGUGUCAACGUUAGUGUUUUGAUGUUUCUAAAUUAGAAGUAGUUCUUUCCUUGAUACUGAAACUGUCCUAGAGGCUUAACAUUCUUCUGUUAAGAGUUGAAUGUUGAUGUUAAACUGAAAAAAAAAAUGGUGCUCAAUAUGUCAAUGUGCCUACAUAAAUGAGCUUAUGUGUGAAAUUGCUUUUCAGUGUAUCAGAACUUAAGUGUUAUGUUCUCUUGUCUUCAGUAUUGUGCUGUAUUAGUUUGAUGUCCUCUUAUAGAGGCCUUGAGAAGAAACAAGGCUGAACCUUGUACUUUUUGUCACUGUACUAAGAGGAAGGAAGGAUCAGAAUAAAUCAGUGUUUGCUGUGAGGACAUGGUGCUGAUGAUAACCUAUAUGGUAAAGAAGUAUAAUUUUGGCAGAACAGAGGAAUACGGAGUCAUGAGAGUGAUUCAUUAAGUUUUAUUUCACCCACACAUCUUUUUUUCUCCACCCCCACAAUUGGGAAAAACAGUUGAAGAGUUAUCUAGAAGUUAAAGUGCAAGUUAAAUUCUUUGCAGUUGUAUUUACUGUCGCUCCAUGACCUGAACUGAAUGGGAGUGCAGAAAAUGGGUUUGAGUUUUUUUUGGAUGAAGUAUUCAUAUUAGGCAAAGUUGCACAUUAACCAUACCUACUAUGAGCUGACCUGUUGGUUUCACCAGGUCAUUAGUAAUGCUGUAUGGAGUAGAGCACUUGUUUUAGCAUAGCACAGGGAUUUACUGAUUGAUCAACCAUGCUGUCUAAUGAGUCUGUGACGAUCCCCUGAAGAAAAUUGCUAGACCUUGUUUGUUCUUGGAAGGCAGUAGCUGGUGUGGGAGUCUCAGAAAUAGAGACAUGGAGACUGAGCACAGCCUAAAACCUCUUCUACACUCAUUACUGGCUUCUGUAGCUCCCUAUGUAAUAUAUUUUAAUUAGACAAACAAAGAUGGUCAGUCUGAAGGCUGUUAGUAUUUUUCAUAGGCAAUGUAGUCAUAUAACAAAAAAAAAACCACCCAAGGAAGGAAGCUUUCUAUUAUUCCAUAUAUGUUUAAAUCCCAUCUGAGCCACACUUCACCUUUCUCAUCUUUCUGCAAGUAACUAUUUUGUCAACUCCAUUGGAGAUGUAGGACUGUGGGAAUACUAAGUCUAAACAUAUGUUGAGUGACUUAGGUGAGUUCUUGUGCAAGUAAAUAAUAUUUGUACCACUACAGGUUUACUUUUAUUCUGCAAAGAUUAUUUUUUUAUUACUGAAACAAGUGUGCUUCUACAGUGGAAAUAAAUUUGACUACUAUACUCCAAAA